AUGAGUAUAAAUAUAUUCAAAAUGUAGAAAUAAUCAAAUAAUUGAGUCAGGAAAAUAAGAAAAUGGAAACAGAAUUGAAUAAUGGGAUUUUAAAUUUGAAGGAAAAAAAAUGUACAAUAUUGAUAUUAAUAUUAAAGUGGUGGUGGAUGAUACUCUCUCGAAGGAAAUAAGAAUGGAAUAUGGAAAGAAUUACAUAACUAUUAUUCUAAUUAUUCAAUUAGUAAUUAUGAAUAGAGACAAUGUAACCUUUCUUAUAGGUUAAUAUAAUAAUGCAAAAAAGUGUAAUUAAUGGAAAAUUCUAUUUAAAAGUGAAAAAGAAAGUCAAUAAGAAAUUAUGUAAGAUUUCCUUUUUAAUUUUUAGAGGCGGAGGUAAUCAUAAUGAAAAUUAAAUCAAAAUUGAUGAAUAGAUAGAUUUGCAUCAAAGUAAAUGAUAUAAAUAUCUUCUAGUUAUGGAUAACUUAUUUAUUAGGGUAUAUAGAGAAAUAGGAAGAAAGAUCAAAAAUGGGAUAUUAAGAAUAGAGAUAAGUCAUCAGAGUUUGUAGCAAUGUAAAAAUUUACAAUAAAGUAUUAGUGGUGGAGGAUUAUAUGAUUCAGAAGGAAGGAAAAAUGAGUAAUGGAUAGAAUUAAAUCCUAAUUUCUCUUUGUAUUUGAUAUUUUAAUUAUAAAUAAUUAGACAUAGAUUUGUUAUAAGGGUAUAUAUGAAAAUGGAAAAAAAAAUGGUAAAUGGCAAAUUUUUUUAAAGUUGGAUAAAAAUGAAAGACAGUUGUAAUAAGAAUUAUUUAUUUAACUUAGAGGAGAAGGAGUGUAUGAUGAAAAUUAGUUGAAAAAUGACUAAUGGAUUAUUUGUAUGAAAACUUCAAAAUGUAUUAAAUUAUUUUAAAAGUUUAGUCAUUCUUAAGUAAGAUAUAAGGGAAAGUAUCAAAAGAGUAAGAAAUAAGGUACAUGAUAAAUUAACUUUAGAUAAUCGAUAUUGUCAAAGAUUGAAAUAACAAUGUAAAUGAUUUCUAAUUACUAAAAUAGGGGUAAUGGAGAUUAUGAUGGAAAUGGAAAGAAGACUGGCUAAUGGGCGAAAUUAUAUGAUUAAUUUGAAGAGUAUAUUAGUUAUUUAUUUUCAGUAUGA